UGUACUACAGUUUUCAGUCAUGGCACUCGAGGCGCCUACCGUGCUGAGUCAUUUGAGCUCAUGGCUCACCUGUUUCGAGCUGUGCUCCAUGCGCGCACUAAACCGCAGCUUCUACACUAGUAUCCCACGAAACACAUGGGAGCUCACGGCCAGCAACAUCAGCAACUCUAAAGUGAUGGAACAAAUGUCCAAGGUUUUCCCGCAUGUGUGGUGUCUGCGAGUGCAGGAUGCAAUUCUAGAGGAGGCACCGACGAUGAAGUUGCUUAUGCCGUGGCUGAACAGAAGUGGAGAGCUGCGAAAGCUGGUGCUGACGAGGGUGAACUGCAUUAGCGGAUUCUACGUGCACCUCGUAGCUGAGAAGCUCACUAACAUCGCCAUUCGCCAAUGCUACCAGCUGCAAGAACCGGCAAUCAUCGCGCCGAAUGUCGAAACUUUGGUUAUCGAGUACUGCCCCGUGACCAGAUUUCAUGCAGACACGAAAUUGCCCCAGCUCAAGAAGCUAUCGCUGUCCUCACGAAGUUUCACAGCGCUUCAUGCACGAUACCUUAUAAAAGAAAUGCUACAAAAGUCUCCUGUCUUGGAAGAGCUGAAUCUUUCUGGCUGCUCGCAGCUUGAGCAGGUGCUGGUGGACCCGGGAGACGUCCCCGCUCUGCGUCGACUUGACCUCAGUGGCUGUCCGAAGCUUGAUCGAGUGCAUGUGACGUCCAAGCUGCUGGAGACCCUCAAUCUCUCGCGUAACGACAGUUUGCAGUAUGUGCUGCUGGACCUUGAGCGAGUGGUAGAUUUGGAUUUGUCGUUCCUCAAGAACCUCACGCACCUGUACAUCCGCUCGCCAUCUCUGCGACGCCUAAAUCUCCGAAGCUGCGACCAAUUGAUGCGAAACACUACAAGCGUUACCUGUCCGAACCUGCAACUUGUGGUUUUGCAGGGUACAACACUGAAGGUCGAAGACUUCAACACGAACGAAGUCUACGACGAGGUGUUCGCAUUGCAAAUAGACAGCAACAGCCUCUAGCCAUGGAUACUUACUACAAACAUUCCUGAUAAAUAACAUUCUGCAGUGUAUUUUGUUUUGGUGCUGCAGUUACAAAGCGUAU